AAUACGUUAACGGUAGGUAUUAUAAGGAUUAGUUUUAGUUUAGGUAAGGAAAUCGUUAUUUUAAGUAUAGUAAAAGUAAAGACGUACUUCGGAACGAUAACUUUCUAUAUUUUACCUGUUGAUACCCUAUUUCUCUUAUAUUUAAAAAAUAUAGAUCGACUAGGUAUUAUAUUUAAUAAUACGAGGAAUAGAAUUUUUAGCGGUAAGUACUUCGAGAUAGUCGAACGACAAUAG